AUGGACGGUCCUAUCAAAGAACUAAGCAAACUUGAGAAGUUGACAGCAAAUACUCCUGCUCGAGGGAAAACGGCAUCAAUCAACGACUCCCUUGACUCACUCCUGGAAGCAUUGGAACCGACGAAACAGGCCGCACAGUCUGGAGAGGCCUCCUCUCAAACUUGGAAAUCUCUCGUAGACACAUUAGAGUCGAAGAAGAAAGAAAUUGAUGAUCGUCAGAAGGAAGUCUAUUCUUCGAUGUCUCGACUUGGGAAAGCAAUAGACAAGAAGUUUUCAACCCCAUUGCCAUCGUACUCGGAUUUAUUCGCAAGUCAAGCUUCCAUAAACGCUCUCGAACGAACCAUCGCCCUGCAUCUUCUGCGGACAGGGCAGUUUGACACAGCUCAGACAUUUAUCGAGGAAUCGGGGGUGACCAUUCCAGAUGACCUCAGGUCCAAGUUCAUCGAUCUACACCAUAUACUGCAAGGUUUGAGGAAUCAAGACAUCAGGCCUGCGUUAAUGUGGGCCAGUGAACACCGUCAUUUCUUGAAGUCACGGACUUCGCCCCUCGAAUUUCAUCUUCACCGUUCUCAGUACAUCCGUUUACUUCUUUCGACACAUCCACCUAAUCCCUUACCUGCUAUCGCUUACGCCAAUGCACAUUUGCGCCCUUUUUUUCAUGAACACGAAGCCGAGUUCAAACGACUGAUGACUUGCAUUGCUUAUCUGCCUCUCUCCCGUUUACAGAAGUCCGUAUACGCGGAUCUAGCAUCCCCCACACUCCACUUCGACUUGGAACCACUCUUUGCGAAAGAGUACUGCGCUAGCCUUGGGAUGAGUCGGCAAGUACCUCUACGUGUUGUGGGAGAUAUCGGGGGUGGUGGGGCAUUGGUUAAGAUAGAGAAAGGAAGAAAAGUAAUGCGAGAAAGAAAAAGCGAAUGGAGCCAACGAGAUGAAUUACCUAUCGAGAUACCUCUACCGCCAGAGAACCGGUAUCACUCGAUAUUCACAUGUCCGGUCUCCAAAGAACAGUCAACGCAACAAAAUCCUCCCAUGAUGAUGUCCUGUGGUCAUGUCAUAGCGAAGGACAGCUUACACAAACUCAGUAAGCCAGCUGGACAGGAACCUUCCGAACGGCGUGUAAAAUGUCCUUACUGUCCAACGGAGUCUCUGGCUUCCUCCGCAAUUCAGGUCUAUUUCUAA